CCUUUGCUUCCGUGAAUCUCAAAACCCGUAUUUGAAAACCCUUUGCUUCGGUUAAUCACAAAACCCUAGGAAUUGACUCGUCAUCUCCAUUAGUGGUGAUUUAUGUUGGAGCCAUAAGAAUCACUGAUUUUAGAAAGAGGGAUCCGUUCUUGGAUUGGGAUUGUGUGUGGGGGGUGGCCUAAAUCUACCAAAAAAAAUUGUGGGUUUUGGAACAAAUUUAGAUUUUGUGAAGUGAUAUGAGUUUUUGAAUAUGACCAAUGGAAGAUAACUAGAAGAAACUAACUUGGAUUGUUUGGUAAAUUACUUCAUUUUGAUAAACAUCAAUGGUGCUUGUUAAGAUUUAUGCUAAUAUUAAUAAGGGAAACGACAUUCCGAGGUUACUGUACUCUAGUCAAGUAGCUGUUCGAGAUAAUUUGUCCUGCACCAUCUAUAAUGGCCAACUUCCCAGAUGAUAUCGUGAUGGACAUCCUUGCUAGGUUGCCUGUGAAGUCGAUCUUACGAUUCAGGUGUGUAAACAAGGCGUGGUGCAAGUUGUUGAAAGGCCGCAAUUUUGUUCAAAAGCACCUAAACCGUGCCACCGAAAAGAACAAAUUCAGUCUUUUGGUUAAUCUGGUAAGGACAUCUACACCAUGAGUUAUGAUCCAACAUCUUCUAUAUUAAAUCGUCCCGUGAAAACUAACUGCCCUGUAAGGUCUAAAAGUGGAAUUGCGGUUUUUGGGUACUGUAAUGGCUUGGUCUGCAUAAGUUCUAGUGGGACAAAAGUUCUAUUCCUUUGGAACCCGGCCACUCAGGAGUAUAAGAAAUUACCUAUUCCAGAACUUCGCUUCCCCCGGCAGCACAUUUGCCAAAUUGACUAUGUAUUUGGCCAUGAUGACAAGAGUGAUGAUUUCAAAGUGGUUUUUGUAGCAUCUUAUAGACACAUAGCUAGGAUUGAGGUUCAUAUUUUUACAUUAAGAUCUGACUCGUGGAGAUACAUUGGCGAAUUCCCGUAUGAUGUCUCUAAAGAUUCAAGAAUGUCUGAUAUAGCUCGUGUGCCUGUUAAUGGAGCUCUUCACUGGAUAGCAGUUAUUGACUGUGACGACAUUGACUGCGAAGCUAUUAUAUAUUUUGACUUUGAGAAAGAGACUUUCGAAAGCAUGCCAUUGCCUAAGAUUCCAAAUCCCUUGGCUGAUGACACCUUCGUUUAUGCAAAGUUUGUUAGAAGACUGUGCGUGUUAGGAGGUUCUCUUUGUUUAAUGUGUUCUAAUCCAGAGGCUUCUAUCGAUGUGUGGCAUUGGACAGCGAAACAAGAAAUUCUUGGACUAAACUUUUCACUGUCGACCAACAAAAGCUUUCUGGAUGUGUUUCAAACUGGAUGCCCUUAAGGUCUUGUGAAAAUGGUAGGAUUCUAUUAGGAUUGGAGAUGGGGGAUGCUAGUUUGCAUAUGAUCCUGUAUGAUCCAAAGGAUGAAUCAAGUGAACAUCUCAGGCCUUUUCAGGUUGCAAGGGAGUGUUUAUUAAGUACUUCUGCCUAUGUAGAGAGCUUAGUGUCCCUUAAUUCAGGUACUUAUUUAUGGCAAGGACAGGUGGAAUGCUCUAAAGAAGAAGACGGCUAUUACUUAGACGUCGAAGAAUAUUCUGAAGAAGAUUCUGAUUCUGAUUCCGAUGAAGAAUAUGAUUAUGGUUUCGAUGAAGAAGAUGAUUAUGGUUCUGAUGAAGAACACAUUGGUGAAGACUCGGAAGAAGAUAAUGAUGAGGAUGAUGAAGAAGACGACGAACAAGAAGAUACUGAGAGCAGCAAAAAGAAACGAGAAGAAGAUGAUAAAGAAGUACUAAAUGAUAUCAGGAAGAUGUUCACGACUCUAAAGAAACCCAAGAUGUAGGUUUUUUAGGUACUUAUUUGAAGAAGUUAAACAUGAAGUCAUUUUGUUAUAUCGUUUUUACUUUUUUCACUAAUUCUGCCAUUCAAGUGUUAUGUUUUCUGUGGGAACUGGGAAUAUGGCCAGACCAGACAAG